AUGGGUAGAUACUGUGGUGAGGAACUUUCUAGACGAGAUAUCAAUGUGGGUGGAAACGAAGUGGUCAUUAAGUUUCACUCAGACUUUUACUUAGGAAAAAAAGGAUUUCUGUUGGUUUUUACCCCUGUCCAACCUUGUAAGUUUAAGAGAAACUUUCUUAAUGUAACGAAGCAUAGGGUUGCCAAAGGGGUAUCAAAAGGUUAAAGAUAUACUGCACCUGAAAUUAGUAACAAUUCAGAUUAGGAUAUGAGCAGUGCUACAACCCUGGAUUUCCAUCUAUUUUCUAACUUUUGCACCAUGCCACCAUUUGUUCUGAACAGAAAAAAAGUAAGGCAUCUCCCACCCCCAUUCAAAGUUGUUUUUGUCUAAAACCCAGUGGGUAGAAUUCCCGUGUUAUCCUAAAGAACAUUCAAUAAGGAGAAGGUGGAAAACGGGUAUUCAUUUGGCGACGGUUUCCAAGUUUUCCAUGAUGACAGGAAAAAAUUGUUAUUUUGGCGAUUCGUGCGAUGUGUCUCAACUGGUUUUGUCCGUUUGCUUAAUUAAGCAUAGCUAAAACUUAAAGCACUUAAACGGCAGAGAAUGCUAAAUGCUGAUAAUUUCGCCUUUACUUGUACCUUACAUCUUCAUAAAGUUCUUCGACAAAAUUAAUCAGAAUCUACCACAUUGUAUGCUAACUUUAAGAUUAAGAUUGCUAUUUACAUUUGGGUUCGUUAACCUGGGUCUCAGUAUGGUAAUGCCAACGUUUCCGUAUUGUUAGAGAACAAUAAAGUAUGCCUUUCAUUUCAAGUUACGCGGAUCGUUACUUGAUUAUUGCUGUGAUAAAUAAAGAAGUCGGGGACUCAGACUUUUUUUUUUGUCCCGUGCUCGUGAGAUGUUGAUUACAUCAUUUCUCAUUGAUAUUGUUGAACUCAUUUUUAUUCCAAUUAUUUUUUUUUCUCACCAGCUCCUCCUAACAUAACUAUGCCAAUUCCAGGGACAGCUGUUCGUACAGUUGAAGGUCGCUUGACGACUGUGUGUGAAGCCACAGGAACCUCUCCAGUAUACGUCGCAUUGAUGUGGAAUUCUAUAGUUCUGGUCAAUGAGACUGACAACGCAGUAACCCAAUUGUAUUUGGAGGGAAACUACCACUGCAUAGCCACUAACAAUUAUGGAACAGACACAAGAGUUAUUCCCGUCUUUGUAAUAAGUAAGGGGAAAAUGUCGGUUCCUUCAUAUCUAGAAUAAUUAAGUCCGUCACACUUCUACAAUUUGUCGAUUUGUUUACUAAUCAGAACCUAAAAGGCACCAGGUCUAAACCAGCUUAAAAACCAGCAUUACGCUGGUAAAACGGUGAAGUUUAGUGUCUUCCAUUUCCUAUGGAGGCGAGGUGGCCAAGCAGUUACAGCAGGGGCAGCGUGACCGAGCGGUUUGAGCGCCGGACUUGCAAUUCGGAGGCCCCAAGUUCAAGUCCCGCACUGACCGCCAGCUGGAUUUGUUCUCGGUUGUCCCGAGUUCAAAUCCUCGACCACGCUUGUAAAUAGCCAGCUGGUUUGCCUCCGGCCAGUUGGAUUCUUAACCCUGUUAAGUUUGAUUUCAAUUAUUUGUUUCAGGCAUUUCUCGGCCUCACUAGCAUUAGUGCUAUAAAUACUGCCGAAGGUAAAUAACGGAAUUAUUACUUCGGACUUGAAGUCAGUUUCAAGCCUUUCCGUCUCGUUUGUUAGACAAGAAAUGUUGCUCAAAUUUGUUUCUCUUCAGGCAGCUGAAUGAACGGGUACCGGCAACAGACUGCCGAGAGUAACCAUGGAAUUACAUUACAUCUAGGGUGGAAGUAGCAAUACUGCUUGGUGCUUCUUGCUUAGAAAGAUGCGAUCAGUGCUGAAGUUAUUUAUAAUAGCAAUAGAAAACUUAUUUUUUUCUGUUUUUGCAUAGCCUGAUUUAACAGUUGGGGGGUGGGUGUGUGUGUGUGUGUGGGGGGGGGCUGAGGUUAGUGUUCAUUCGCCCAUGGGUAUAUAGGUAAUGUGUAAUUGAACAAUCAAAGUGCUCUUUAUUACUUUUAUGCUAUAAAACAUUUAUGUAUUAUCAUUGACAGGUUGUGGUUCUGUUGUUAACAAUACACUGAAAAGUCCUAAUUAUCCAAUGGACUACCCAAAAAGCAUGCGCUGUUUUUACAGAGUUUCCAUUCCAUAUGGCAUGGUCUUGAAAAUAGUCUUCCAAGAUUUUCUUCUGACAUGGUAAAUAGAGAAACUUAAUGUGAUUUUUCUUUUUUGCACAGAGGUCUGAUUGUUUAACUUCCUAAAAGGUGGAUUUCCACUGUCUCGUAAUUUAAAAUUGCAUACGGAAGUGAAUUAAAUGUCGAACAAAUUAACUUUUAUUACUUACUGUUGUUACAAAAGACUUUUCAUGCGUGGUUUCCAUUUUGGUUAAGUCUUUAUAGUGACCCGCUCCACAUCUUCCCGCCCGAAGAUGUCUCCAACUGCGGCCGAAACCGAAGCAACCCGCUAAUUACGAACAAAAACCUACGGCGCCCUGUCGCAACCUUUUAUUACGUUGCCUCUACCGUAAAAUUCCGGUUAUAAAAUAAAGCCCCCUACUUAUAACCCCCCCCCCCGUUUAUAGGCCCAUCUACCAGUAAAUAAAAAAAAUAUAUCCAGUUAUAUGCGCCCCUUUAGCUUGUAUGAAAAUGCAUUCGAUUUUUCACGACGUUUUGAAGCUUAAAAAAGCAAGUAUAUGAAGAAAGUAUUUUGAUCAGCACGGCGAUGUAGCUUGUUAUGAAAUGCCUUUUUUAGUCUAGUUAUAAGCAGCCCCGGAUGACCACCCAGUUUGUAAGCCCUCCUAAAACCCCUUACCAAGUUGUACAAGACCAGGGCAUACGGAAGUUACGGUAUUGUAUUUACACGUGUGAAAAUUGCUCGACGGUGGUAAAUCCAAAGUAAAGGUCCCACUCGCUUGGAGCUCGAGGAUUGUUUUGAUUGGAUACACGUAUAUCAUAUGACGUAAUUUUUGGCGGAAAGACAAAAGCAAAAUUCUGGAUAAUAAAUACUAUUCAUUACUGGGGGGUUUUCAGGUGAUAGCAGCAUUUUUCUCCGCUGGGAACUAAAACCCAUUUUCAUGUAGAUUCUUCCAAAAGGAAUUGUAUUGUAUUGACCACCACCAUGGCACCUUGUCACGUGGUUGCAAAUCAAGAACCUCGAUGAAGUGGCUUCCCUCGGGGAAGGGAUACUAGCCUUAAUUUUUUAUAGUGGCUUUGACCUUACAUAAUAAAAGUUCUGUUAACAGUGCUGGUUAAUUUUCUACACUCGGACCAUGGUAACCGGCUGUUGUUUAGAGCGUGGCCGCAUAAUUUAUAUAGACGUUCGACUAGUAGCCUACACAAGAAGAGGUAAAUGUGUCUGGAUGCACUUUCAGUAACGCGAAUGUAAUGAAUCCAACCUCAGUUAAUAGACAUUCGAGCACUAUGUUAAUACGCAUGCUUGUUUCAAAGAAAAUUUGUACUUGAAGAAUAGUGAUCUUUGAUGAAAAUAAAAAUGCUCUGCCUUUCCAAUUCUCAAAUGCGGGAUGGGAAAAAUCAUUUGAAUCGCGAACACAUUAUUUUCUUUUAGCUAUGACUACUUGGAGAUUUUCGACGAAAACAACAGGUCACUUACACCAAAAUACUGCGGAAAGCGCACUGGGAAGGAAAUUUAUGUCCGUGGAAAGCAAAUAGGGAUAACAUUUUAUUCAGGAAAAUGCUGCCAGGAAAGAGGAUUCCAUCUGUUAUUCACUGCCCUUAAGCCAAGUAAGUAACCAGGACGAACAAGGUUUUUCUGUUUGAAUAACUCAAUAGGAUUGUCGCAAGGGAAAAGAACAACUUUUUGUGCUGCGACUUUCAUCCACUUUCAGAGACAUUUAGAAUCUUAAAUUAGGAAAUGAUGAGAUAAAAACUGUCUAAAACAAAUCUUAUUAGUGAAACUGGCAUGAAUAUACGCAUAAUGAACCAUACGCGGAAAGUAAAGGCAAAAAUUUGGUCACGUGGCACAAAUUGACGUUUCCUGUUAACGGGAGUUUUCAUCUCUCCAUUGAGAGUAAGAUCAUUAUGUCGAGACUCGAUCUUAACUAUGUGGAGCAAAAGUCGUCCAGAAUAUAGCCUCCUAGCAGCUGUUACUACGUCCUCGAGUGCACCCCAAAAUAAGAGCAUUUACAAACGGGUCUUAACAAUUUCAUUCACAACUUUUAAAAAAGUAAGGUAAGUCUAUAAUUGAAGUUACUAAUUAAUUUCCACAGGAUGUAACCUACGACUGCAAGGGCUAAGUUAAUAUAUUUUAAAUGAAAGGCAAGUUAGACGUGAUUUGACAUGAGUUACACAUGUAACCUUCUCAAAAUUUAAAUACAGACGAACCUCCAUGUGCGACCACCUCUCGUAAGCGAUCACGUCUCAUGAGCGACCGCCUAUCCGAAACACCAAAACAUUCCCAGUUGAAGCCUCACAGUUAGAACCUCUAGUAAACGACCACCUCCUGUAAGCGACCGCGACCACUUUUUGGGCCUAAUAGCUUAAUGAUUUUCUAUCGUUUUAACCUCUUGUAAGCGACCACUUGACACAUUCUCUGAUCUCUAUGUUCGCUGUGUGCACUGUGCUACUUUGAAUAUACAAAGAACUUUAGUGACGACAUGGAACUACACAUGGCGUAACUUACAAAUUGCAUGCAAUAAAUUAUCUUCCAUAAAGUAGAUGUGCCCGGACCUCUUCUCGGAAGAGGCCUCAUGUGUCUCGAUUCUUGUAAGCGACCACUAAUUCUUUGUAUUACGGGUAGUCGCUUAAGGGAGGUUCGACUGUAUCACAUUUUGGUGUCCGAAAAUACUGUGGUGCCCCCUAAAAAAACCAUACAUUUCGAUACUCUCUUUUAUUACUUUUAGCUCCACCUAAGAUAAUUCUACCAGAUCCUGAUCCUGUUGUUCGAGCAUUCGCAGGAGCUGAUUUGUGGAUAUCAGUGACUGGAACUCCUCCCAUAUCCAUUACGUUGAAAAAUGACACUGCUGUACUUGAACAUGGAACCAAAGAUAUUAGGCACCGGCUAACCAAUGAAGGAAACUACAGUUGCAUCGCAGUAAAUGAUUACGGAAAUAUCACUAGUGUCAAUUUCAGCGUUGUCUUUAUUGGUGCGUAUUUCCUCUACCAUAUGUAACUAUAAUCUCUCAAAAGUACUUUUUCUUGCAGUGCUAAGCUUUCACUAACUGAUUCUACCCGUUUGAAACGCCAUUACACACACUGCUUUUAAAUAUCUUAUAAGGCUACAAAACCUAUAAAUUCCAAAACAACAGCACGAUUUUUCCACAUUUACUUUUUAACAAAUGGACAAACUGCCAUUGAUAACAUUUGGACCAUGUGCGCAGCUUAUUUACUAGAUUUACUACUUUCUCGUCAAUUCCCGCACCGAGAGUGCAAAGAAUUAGUGUUGUUAGCAAACGAGGCUUGGUGUUCAAUUAGGUCGUUUGACGUAAACACGCAUAAGGGCUAUUUUGAGCAUAAUUGACUUUAAUUCUAUGAUUAAACAAGGUUGUGUAUCGACUUAUAUACUAUUGUGAGAUCUGUAAAUCUGCCAUACAUUAUUUGGUAGAAGGCCGCCCUUUCUCUCUCAUUCAGAUGGCUUUAAGUAAUUCAGCUGACUGUAGACUUUGUAUUUUUUAACAAAAGAACAAAAUACGCUGUAUUAGUGAAGGACUCGGGGGCGGGGGGGGGGGGGCUGGUCCUUGUUGCUCUGUUCCCUUCAAAACUUUGCUUUUUGCCCUUGUUUCCUCUGUUAUUCCAAAUUUGUUACCUGCGUUUCCACUGUGCGCACCUUACAGUAACACCCGCCUCCCACCUCAACACCCCCAAAAGGCGUCAUCUAAUAGGUCAACAACGAAAUACCCUAUCAGGAGCCAACUAUUUAACUUUUGAGGAGGGGGGGGGGGAUUUUGAAAAAAAAAGUAAUCCGCACAAGUCCAUCGUCCGUUCACGUGCAAUGGGCAGGACAAAAAACCAGUGAUUGGGAAGCUCUCAAUUUCAGAAUUUUCCAUGAAAGAAUACCCCCAGACCCCUUUAGAUAAACUCACACCUUUGCAUUUGUUGAGCUCAUGCUACGCGUGAGCUAGCCCAACCAUCCGCGGUCUCUGCUAGUUCCUUUUUUUUGUUGUCAAAUUCAAAGUCAUGGAUGGUGUUGUUAUUUCAAAAUCACGCAAACUAUUGGAGAAAAAAAUUCAUGCAAGUACAGAAUCGAAGAAAAAAAUAAUGGUGCAUGAAUUGGUCGAAAAAAAAAAAUCACGCCCACACCAAAUCACCUAACCCGCCCCUCAAAAGUAAAAUGGUUAGUCCCUUAGAGUGAAUAUCAGUUCAAAGUAUGUGUGACCAAUUGUUGCAAGGACACGUAUUCACAGGUUCUUGUACAGUCAGGGAAAAAUUGAAAUGUAAAAUGAUCCUUAGAUUAAAGUGUAAUCUUUAGAGACGAAGUUGUUCGUGCAACCACUCUCUUAAGUGCUCUCUUGGAAAUAACCGAUUUGUUAUGUGCUUAACAACCAAUCUUCCUGAGUGCACCUACACAUUUGUGAGGAAAUAAACGAAAAAGAGCCGUUUAAACGACAUAGAGACGGAGAGGUGACGCACAACAAGUACCUUUAUGGUGUUAAAUUGUAUUUUUCCUUCAUUAUUGUUCCCUUGAUUCCGAAAACUGUUUUAUGUUCCCCUGUUCCAAAUUGAGGAUAUUUUGGCUUUAAUCCCCAAUUCCCCAGCUUAAAGUUGCCAUGUUCCCUUGUUCCCCAAAACUCCUGGGAGACCCUCAUUAGUUGUAUUAAAACUGAUGUACGGGAAAGAGGCUUUAAAAAAAUAUAUAAUGAAAGAUCUUUUAUAUAAAUUCUUACCUUUUUUGUGUUGUUUUUUUAGAUUGCAGACCUCAGUGUAGUAUGUCAUGGACCCUUGUUAACAGAAAUUACUUAAAGUGCAGAAAUAUAACGUCACUCACGCACGUUUUAAAGAAAUGUGUCCCUACGAUUACGGAAACCUUGUAAGAUAUAAAGCUAUUAGAGACUUUUAAAUUCUGAGACCAUUACGACUACAAGUACGAGAUUUUCUCAGUACUAAGUAGUGCUCGCGCGUAAGCCAACAUCAUUUUGGCGGGAAAACGUGAUAGCCGUCGUCAUUCUACUAAGAGUUUUAGCGAGAAUGUCGUAGUGGCGGGAACAAGUUAUCAAAUUUUAGAAGUUAAAUCAUUUUGCGACCGGGGAAGGGCUAAACCUCCAAUUAAAAUAACCGCACUAAUUUUUCAGGUAAAAAAUAGUACAAUGAAGUUUCCGGGUUGGAUAUUUUUCGAGAAUAAGCGAAAAAACUUUAAGUUAAAUCUCGUAAUCGUAGUCAUCCUCGUCCUCAAAUCUAAAGCUCUCUAUUUAUGUAUGCCAAUGGACUCUUGUGAGCUCUACAGCGUAUAAGAAUCUGUAUAUCUCCAUAGUAUCUCCAUUCAUUACAUAUCAAAUAACUGUAACGUGAAAUAUUGAAGACAUGACAUCAGUUCAGAUACAUGUAUGUUAGGCUGUUUGCAGUCCGCCUUUUCUCUUAAAAUCCGUCUAGUUCUUAUCUCAGCCAGCGCGAUUGCAAACCACGACGUUAUGUUACAAUAAGGGAUUGGGACCAGACGACAAAAGACGGACUGCGGACUCUUAUUUUUUCCACUCGGGCUUAUGCCCUCGUGUUUCGCGUGCAGUUACUUGACAAAGAAAACUAAGAGACUGCUCGCAGUCUACAUGUGUGUAGGAUGGGAUAGACCGUGAAUUUAUUUAACCUCGGUAGUUUUAUCAGCUGCAGGCCACGCAGAUUUACAUAAAAGCCGUGCAUUAACUAAUAUUAUAUCCAUUAGAAUCGUUCAAACGUGUCCGUGCUUUCCAGAUCUAAUUGGAAUUUGAAAGUGUUGGUUUUUAAGGAGAGGGGAAAACCGGAGUACCCGGAGAAGAACCUCUCGCAGCAAGGGAGAGAACCAACAACAAACUCAACCCACAUAUGGCGUCGACGCCAGGAUUCGAACCCGGGCCACAUUGGUGGGAGGCGAGUGCUCUCACCACUGCGCCGCUCCCAUACUAUUAAGAGUGAUAAAAACGUUUGUUUUAAUUAGGCCAACAUACCAAGUAUUUUCUUUUUUGUUCGACAGGGAUUUAUCUUCGAAUAAUAUCCAAAAUCUACAGAAAGACGACUUUGCCAGAUUGAAAAAUCUGAGACAGCUGUAAGUUAACAGAGAUCUCUGCCCCAGAGAGCAAACAAUGAGAGCUCUCCUGAGGAGAGGAGAACCUCUGAACAUUUGGGUACUAAUCUUUUGAUAUACUUGCAUUUGUUGCUUGCAAAUAACGUUUGCCUUACUGAUUUUCUGAUAACAUUAUACUAAGAGUGAUAAAAACGUUUGUUUUAAUUAGGCCAACAUGCCGAGUAUUUCUUUUUUUUUCGACAGGGAUUUAUCUUCGAAUAAUAUCCAAAUUCUACAGAAAGAUGACUUUUCCAGAUUGAAAAAUCUGAGACAACUGUAAGUUAACAGUAAUCUCUGCCCCAGUCGUUACCAAUGACAAAACGCCAAACAAAACAAACAAUAAGAGUUCUCCUGACAAUAGUAGAACCUCUGAACAUUUGGGCACUAAUCCAGAUGCUCUACCAAAGGCCAUCGGUUUAAUGACCUCACCUCCCACCUUUCUUAUGUGGUUUAGUCCGAGAGCAUCUAUCACGACUGGUAACUAGCAGGUCAAAGGCUUGACCUCUGUUGGGAGAACAGGUAGUUUCUUUUAGAAAAGGCGCCCCUGUUGCUGCCUGGAGAACAUUUCCACAUAAUAAGGAGGCUGAUUUUCAAGCUAAGCUAAAAAAAGGCAUCAACAUUGAUAAUUGCAGCUUAAUUAUCCGACUAUCACAAAUGGGCAAUUUUAAAAAUGUUACUUAUACAAAAAAACCCUAACAUACAGUAGGCAGCUUGACCAAGUAAUCAGAGUCUUUGACUUCCAAUCCAGAUGCGCUGCGUUUAAGUUUCACCCUGACGGCUAGCUGAAUUUGUUUAAGGUCACCCAAGUUUAAAUCCUCGACCACUCUUGUGAAUAGCCACCUUACCAAUAAGGUGAGACGUGAAUCACAAGUAGUGGAUCGUUACUAGCUUAACAUCAAUCCCUUCCAACUUUGAAUCUCAGGCUAAGGAUUCGCCCUGUUAGGUUUGGACUGCCUAUUUUAGUAGUUUGGUCUUUGUUCCCGAAUGAACAUCUUGACGGGGAAUGUCGAUUUUAAGUAAUGGUGCAUGUUGUCGUCUUAAUCAGGGAGUAUUUACUACAGAAAAGCUUUCUCUCACGUCAAAGCUCUUGUCUUGAUUCCAAAUGACUCUUUCAGGGUCCUGUCUUCUAACGCCAUUGGACUUUUGCCAGAGAAUGUGUUUGCCUCUCUUGAAAAUCUUGAAGAGUUGUAAGUUAUUUUGUUCAAAUAAUUAUCUGUAGGAAAAGAUUUGGAACAUUUGCUCUUUGUAGUCCAUUACAACAUAUAGAUUUAGCCAGGGCUAAAAGCGAAGCCUCCGUUUACAUACUCAUAAUAUAAGCAAUUAAUAAAUAUGAUAAACGCUAAGCUACUAAAAAAAUCCUCUUGAGGGAGGGGGUGAGUGAUUACAGGAAAAAGGAUCCGGCAAAAUACCUGAAAUGACAACUCUCCCAUCAAACUAAGUCUUAUGUUAACAGUCAAAAAAAUCGUUUUAAUGCACGAAACUCUUUGGUAGCAGCCAAUUUACAGGUUACGAUUUCUAGCGUCAAAGUGGCGCUUUAGCAUCGCCGACGACGACGGCAGCGAAAACGUCACUUUUAAAGUGAAUUCGCGUUUCGUCAAACUUUGUCGCGUUUAUUCCAAUUCGCUGAAAAUGUCAAAUGUAUAUAGGCGAAUUUUCAUGGGGGUUGAUUUCUUGGGGAAUUAAAUAACAACUUAUGGGCGUAACUAAUAUGAACGCUAGGACCCUAAAUGAAAGUACCCCAAACCUUGUAGUUUUUAUGACAGUGCGCAAUUACGUUAUCUGACUUGUCACUGCGAGAACUUUUACUGCACCUUUCCGUUGUUUUGAACCAGGUAAUGCUUACAGUAAAUUGAAGAGCAGAUAACUGAGGUGGAAUUAGGGGUCGUCAUGACCAAUGUACCGACCGUUCCAGUUCAGUGGCCACAAUAAUCACCUGCUGGUUCUAAAACAAUGGAAAGGUGCACUAAAUCGGAAAAUGCCCUCGCCCCUUGGAUAAUAACCUCUCGCGUCUUAAAAAAAGGCCUCAGACAUUACCUUAUGUACGUGUAUAAUUAAUACCUUUAAUCUAAAUUUAUAGCAUCAUUCACUGAAGGGUAAACAAAAUUUGCAUCAAAGCCGGAACACCUUGAAUGCCUGCUCGUUGAUUUUAGUGAUUUCUCAAAUUAACCAGUAACAAAAUAUUUUAUUUUUAGGAAGAUGGUUUCAAAUAAGAUACCAAAGCUACCGGAAAGCAUCAAAAACCUGAAAAAGCUAGAAUUCCUGUAUGUAAAAAAAACAGUAUAGCCGGGAAACACGGGAAAUAUUAUUAUUUUGGUAUAUCUCUGAAAUAUUAUACAUUUAAUGUCAGAUCCCGAAGGAAACAGUUAGUUUUGUUUUCCCGAGAGUCCUGAUGAAGACGAAGUCGAGGGAAACACCAGGGCUCGAGGGAAAACAAAACUAACUGGUUACCCGAGGCUUCGUGUUUGUGUUGUUGUGUUUAUUCACAAAAAAGAAAACUGGCAGGACCUGGCGGUGUUUUUCCCGCCUUUUUUCACGCCACUUUCCAACAUGCUUUUAUCACGUGCUCUAAUGUAGCCCGAGCGGGGUACAUUGCUUAAUGUAUCACAUCACUGUAUCGCGGGCUCAAUUGUACAAAUUAUUCAGCUCACGUGUUUGUUAAAAGUACGCACUGACCAGUUAUUAGUUUAAUAUUAGUUUAAUUUAAUAAGUUUAAACUUAUAAACCUCGUCCCUUCGGUCAUUACAGGCGAAUCUCAGAACUCGGCCUUGAUGUAUUAUGACCUCACUCUUGGUCAAUAAGUGGUAUUUAAUCCUUCAAAUUUUACUUUUUAAUUGUAAAACUAAAAUAAAAGAUAGAUAGGCAAGGGAAAUAAUUAACAGAAAAGGCGUCGAGGUGUCACCUACUAAGAUAGGAAGAGUGUCGGUCUCGCCGUGUGAAGAUGAGUCUUUGGCUGAGAUGUUGAUGUAGAUAUCGCUGAUAGCGUGGAUGCUUGCUGUGGGAAUCCCGUAGGCCCUCAUUUAUAGAGACAGGCGGACUAGAACGAUUUUUUGAUCAUGUGACGCAUGCUUUUAAAAUGUUAGACUUGUUGAUCAUUGAACAGUUAGCGUGGUUAGUAAUGCAUCAAAUAGUGAGAGUCUGAGAUGAUAGUGAGAAUUUGAAGUGGCAAAAGGGUUUGGAUCCACAUUACAUAAGCAAACUGUUUCCAAAAAAAGAUCGGAGGAAACAGGGACAGCAUGGCAGCGAAGUUUCUUGUUUAGAUCAGCUACAAAACAAUUAUUGGCUGAGGUUUUUGUAAUAUCCGGAAUAAUAAAGGUCGAAGUAGGUGUUGAUAACGCUUACCGAGACCUUGAUUAUUUGGAUAUCACAAAAACGGAGUCUUAAAAUCGUUUUAUUGUACAUUGUUUUGAAGGAAAUAACGACAAACACACUUUCGCAAGGAACCUGAAUUGAUAUUGUUAUUGGAAAUCAUGCACUACGCACGCAAACUACAGAUUAGUCAGUAAUUUGCUAGCAGCUAACUAACCAAUUGGUAGGUUGCACUGAUUUCCAAAAUUUUGCUUUUAGCCAAUGAGAAGACAGAUAGUAUGUACAAUGUAUGAUAGAUCUAUGAUAAAUUGAGGAAAUAUGUGACUUAGGUUGUGAAGCUGUUGUAAUCAACUAAAGUUGCUCUUCUUUUACAGGAAUUUCGCCCACAAUGCUUUAACAACUAUUCCUGGGCGAAUGUUUUCUAACAUGACGUACCUGUUCGGAUUGUAAGUUACCAGUGUCAAAUGUGACGAUCAAACAGAAGGGAGUAAAGCUUCGGAAACAAAGGACUAAUUGGCAAGGGUUGCAAAAUUUGGAAUAAAAUCUUCUCGUUAACGACUGUUUAAUCGUCUCAUCUAUGUAUUAAUUAUUUUAUUGGUCCGUUUUUGUUAUAUUUUUAACGUUUUGCCUCUUUGAUGCUUUGAUAAUUACGCCAGAUAUUCACUUCCUAAAUUAAAGUAAUUUAACUAUUCUUCCUUUACAUUGCACUUUUGAGUCACUUAUCGUCGCAAAUUAAUUCCUAUUUGCCCCCACCUGUAAGAAAAUUUUAACAGUAACCUCGUUUUAUUCACACCUGCCAUACUUGAAAAAUCAAAGCUCUGUGACGUCAGCUGUGUCUGUUCUCCGACAGAUUACUGAGGAUCGAUCAAUGCACGCGUAUUAUAACGCGUAUUCAGUAUGUUGUAUACAGUGGAACCCCGUUAAUACGACCGCCUUCGGGGCACGGAAAUGUGGUCGUAUUAACGGGGUGGUCGUUUUAACGAGAUAGGGUCUCAAUAUGGUGCAACACGCUUUAAACAUGUACUGCGCUUGAAUACCUUUACUUCCGCUAUAAAUCAACAUUUUUUCAACUUGCCAACGCAAUUUAUUCCAACUCAACAAUAUGUAACAAUGACGUCUUUCAGUUCCUUCAUAGUACAGGAUAAGGCCUCUUUUGAAAAGACCUAUUCUCUAUAUAUUCCCUAUAUAUUCGAGGAACCAGACUUUAUAUAUUCUCUAUAUCAAUUAAACAUGCUAUUAAAACUACAAUAAUGUCUGCCUAAAAACAUUCAAUUAGCGGGAUAAUUUUACAAGGAAAAUAAUAACUGAAGACUCCAAAAGGUGUUCGUUGGUCGUAGUAACGGCGUUUUCAAAUAAUAGAAUUUGUGGGCUUUUCUUAGGGCUACAAAAAGUGGUCGUAAUAAAGGGGUGGGCGUAAUUAACCGGGUAGUCGUAUGGUGAAUCGAUCCUCCGUAGACGAAAGAAAGAGCACUGUGAGAUCACAUCAAGUUUUAGAGCGUUAUUAUAUGACAUCAGCAAGGCCAUGCUGUUUUGCGGAAAACUUUUUGAUGAAAAAAAAUUGAUAGUAAAUAGAAUUGAAAUAGCUUUGGCAUAGGAGUCCCAAACCAAUCUGUAAAAUCUGGACUCUUUUGAACGCCAUUUGCUUAACCGUUGACCAUGUAAGUGAAAGUGCUUUAAUCAUCAAUGUUAUUUUUCCUAAUUUUUGACAGGUAUUUAUGGCAUAACCGUAUAAACGUUUUAUCUAAAGAAGCAUUUAUCAAUUUGAGUUACCUGCAUUUGCUGUAAGGGGACAGAUUUAUACCUUAAUUCAAUAUACAUGACAUGGUUGAAAUAACGCUUCAGGUUAUAGUCAAUUUUCUAAAUACAGUAGAGCAACACUCUCCUUAAAGACAAUGAUGUAAAGCUACAAUCACCUACAAAAAUAGUUGACACGUAUCUUACCACCUAACAUAAUAACCCCUCUGCCUAUGUAGUGUUUCAUAUUAGGCAGCGGCGUACACUGCAAAACAAACCAGAAAACUGUUUAGGAGGGGCCAUAUUCAGAAGUAUCAAAAGAAGCUAAUUCUACCUGAUCAUAAAGCCGAGCACUUAGUACACUUAAAUCUAUCCAUCGUAGUCAUUCCGGAGAAUAUCAGCCAUAGUGUUAGAAGCACUCAACCUCGCUGACAUUUAACAACCAGCUAGAUGUUUCCCGACAGGAUACUGGAUGCGUCUUGCUGCGUUCAGGGACGUUGCUAGUAAACUAUUAGCGGCAGAUACGAGAAGAAAUGCGGGUUUUUUGGGUGUUAUUGGAUUAUGGUAUUCAAAUAGACAAUAUCAUAAAAGAGACGAUGCAAAAUGGGUGGGAGCGGCAAAGGCCCUAGAAAUCUCAAAACAAGGACGUCUUUUAAGUGGUAUUAUUGAUAUUUUUUCAUGAUGUACAAGGUUUGUUCUAGGCAUAGUAAUUGAUAUUUCGCGUUCCCUAAAUUUUGAUAGUGAUUCGCUAACCAGAGGGUUAUCAGCUUUCGAAACAAUGAGAUCUUUGUCUCAAUCACUAGUUUGCAUAGUUGUGUGUAUUGAACGUGAAUUAAAGUACGCACGGUUAAAGGAGAAAGGAAUGUAUACUGUAGUACUUGUAGCUUAAAUUCAAUGGCGUUUUUAAGCUAAAAAAAGGUGUAAAAUGCUUAACUUAGGUCUUUACUUUGUUACAUAAACCUUCAGUCAUGUCAAAUGAAGAUUUGUGGUUCCUUUUUGUUACAUGCAGGUAUUUGUCUUCAAACGCCCUUACAUCAUUACCCGAAGGAGUUUUCGCCAGUCUAGAGCGACUAGCUAUGCUGUAAGUCGCGCAAAACUGUGACUUUUUUCUCGCCGGUUUUAGAUGAGCUUGCAGUUCAGUCUCUUUUGAUAAUUAUGAUUCAUGUUAUGUUUCUUGCAAGGAAUGCAUCAUGAAUGCACCUGGAUAUUUAAAGGGGCAAUGUCAUGAUGAUAUUACUGGCUCUGGUCAAUUCUGUGCUGAAGUCGUUACUUAGUGCCUUUACACAUACACAAAAUACUCCUGUAGAGUUAUCAAGUCGAUAUCAUUGAAUUUCACCAAGGAACACUAACCUAGCCUGAAUUUCAGACGUCCCCUCGAAUCGAGCACACUCCAGAGAGGGAUGUCUGAAUCGCCAAACAGUCCCAUAUGCUACGUAAAAUUAUGAGAAAUUUAAGGGGGAUUGUCUUUGACAUUCAGCGGAUCGCAUGCGCUGGUGGAGCUCAAACUUUCGACAAUCUUUAUCGUAAACAGCAAAAUAGCCAUUGUCGUCGAAACUAUAUUUGUUGAAUUGAACCGACUUGACUUGACUUGACUUGACUUUUCGCAUUGAUUCUUCAUUCGUAGUCACUACGAAUGAAGAAUCAAUGCGAAAAGUCAGUGGGUUUCAUUUAGAGACGAUUUGUGCUUAGUUUUGGCAUUCAUUUCGUUUAUGGGAGAUUUAUAAUAUGCUUGUGUCGAGCUAGCAAAAUGUCGAACUUCCUUUCAUUUCCAAUGUGAAGUGCAAUGAUUUUGUUAGUUUUUCUUUUUUGCUUGCUUGCUGUCUGUCUUCUUCGUUAAGGUUGAUUUAUAAGUGUCCGCGAUCGAGUUUUAUUUUUUGAAUUAUGUCGCUAUUCAAGCAAAAGAUUCGUUCAUAAUACUGUAUGUAGUUAACAGUUUGCGCGUUUAACACAUGACGAUUCAAGACUAAAACAACUCUGUACCAUAUAGACGUACCUUUCCUGACGAUAUUUCUUAGCUUGCCGAAAAUCUUUUUUUUUGCAUGAAUUUCCUUCCGGGAGUAUGUGACUCGAAAGGGACGUCUGGAAUUCAGGCUUGCACUAACCAUAAUAUUGUUUUCGGUGAUUUUUGCAGGCGUGGCAUUAGAACUUGAAAGCGUUGGCCCAUGCAACUUUUUCAAGUCUCAAUCCAUGCCCAUCCUUCCUAUCCCUUGCAAAAGACGACAGGAAAUAGUUUUAAUGCCUAAAUAUAGUCUUGAAUAACUGAACUGGACCAUUGUUUUGGUAUUCAAUUGUGGCAUAAAAUUAUAGCAAAUUAUUAUUAUUGCAUAUCCAUAAUAGACUAUUGGUUCUUUUUCAUUCGCGAAACCCAUUAGCCAUGUAUUCGCUAUAAUAACCACAUAAUUAUUAUCUUAAGUUUAAAAUAUGUCAUUUGAAAAACUUCUACGCAGAUAUUUGUCUUCAAACGCUCUAAGAGUGAUACCUGAAGGGAUGUUUGCUAACCUGAGCAAUUUACAACUACUGUGAGUAACAUUAACUGAACUUUGUGAGCGUAGCUUGCACAAAAAGUUAACUGUUCUUCCAUAUAAGCAGACUAUUGUUUUGAAAAUAUCGGCACAAUGCAUUCUGCUUAAAAUCGCUUGGCAGUCCCGAUAACUUGCUUUUAGGAUGUACUUGUUAAUAAACUUUCGUCUCAUCUAUUUUUGUUGAUCAUGUUUUAUUUUUCAUUUUAAAUAUUAGUAUUUUCCCUUUCAAUAGAUUAUAUUUGUUUCCUUUUGACGAAGAUGAUAAAAUCAAUAAAAGUAAUGUGGAAACAAAAAAUUGAAACACCUUAUAAUAAACAGUUGUUUAAACUGGUGGAAUUUAACCAAUAAAAAAACCAACAAAGAAAAAAAUUGGACCCUAAACCGUUGACUAAUACCGUAAAUUUCCGAAAAUAAGCCCCUCCAUGUAUAAGCUGCUGCAAAGAUAACCCCCCCAAACUCAUAACGCUAUUAACCCUCCGUUAAAUCGCCCCUCCAAAUACAAGCCCCUCUGGGGCUUGUACUUGGAAGUUGCCCUCAAUAGACCAAUUCGGCUAACUCAAUGUUAUACCCAAUUCAAACCCUUUAGGAAUAAAACUUUUUGUUUUAGGAAUUUCCAUAUCAUUUAAAUGUGACUGCCACCUUAUAAUGCAAAUACAGUGCACAAAGAAUCUUAACCCCGAGAGAUCUGAAUUGGGUACAACAUUACGUUAGCCGAAUUGUUCUAUUUUACAAAGUAAAACAAAGCAAAAACAGUAAAUUUCCUGCAACUAAAAGGCCGCCCAAUCGAUUUUGAAACGUAAAUUUCCCUCGGUACAUAAGCCCUUCCGAAUAUAAGCCCCUCAAAAAGAGCCUAUGAAAAAUAUAAGCCCCGGGGCUUAUUUUCGUAAUUGUACGGUAUUUAAAUUACAAUAAGGUGAUGUAUACUUCAACAUUCGCCAUUGGCACAACUCCCAUAACACUCCUUGUAUGCCCUUAAAGUUUUGAAUAACCUCCGUUAGUUUAAAUGUCUCCUUGGUAUUGAAUGUCCCUGGAAUAAUUGAAGACAAUGCUUAUGCAAACUUUUUUUGGCAAACAAGGUGCCUUAUGGGAGACCUGCAAAUGACUAAUUUUACUUUAAUUUUUUCUCAGAGACCUUUCGUUGAACAAAAUAAGGGAACUACCUGUAACUACCUUUGUCAACCUCGGUAAACUACAUUUAAUGUAAGUAAUAAAAAACACAGCCUACAAUCAUUCAAUAAAAUUUUAGAAAAAAAUGCAGAGGCACAAAUGUUAUUAUCAUCAUCAAAUUUAGUGGCAUUUUUAAACAACAAGAACAAUGCGAUUUUUUAAUGGAAGGAUGACACUGGCAGAAAUGCUCAUUAAGACAAAUUAGACGUAGGAUAAUGUUCAUCGGCCCUUCCUAAAGAAUGUGAAACCACUGAUCAUGGAGAAGAAAACAUUUAACGGAACUAUCUUCCAUUUCUAGCCAUCUCCCUUUCGGGUUGAAAACGCUUCCCGUUCGAAAAGAUUUGAAAAUGGGGAUAAUGGAUUUAUUGAAAAAUGGAACAAGGGAGAUGAGAAACAGGCAGCCGUAUAUUAUUAGCCCCGUUUGUUCGGUCCUUACUGCAAAUUACGGAUCCUCUUUUUUUUUUCAUCGAUGAAAACUACUGGGUCCGUAAUUUACAGGAAGGACCAAAAACUCGCCUAAUAAGAGGUAUUUAUAUUAUAUACCAGAAAAAAAAAGGUAAUUUGGUUCUGAUAUUAACAACUUACUUGCAAAGGAAGAAAUGACUACCGGCGAAAGGUACUGCUUAAUUCUACUGAUUUAUUAAGCUUUGGUUUCCGUAGAAAUAUUUCAUCAAACGCCUUACCCGCGCUACCGAAACACGUCUUUGCUAGUCUAACAAGCCUGUUUACACUGUAAGUGGGAACCUACUCCUCGCAUAUAUUUUUUAUCCUACAUUAGCAUUAUUAUUAUUAUUGUUGUUUUUGACAAACAAUUUUCUUAGCGUUUAUCAAUUUUCUUUUUUCUGGGAAAAAACUCUCCUUUAAUGGCAAAAAAUCGGAUUACUCGGGUGCUAUACAAGUGAAGACGAUUUAUCCUACUGAUGUUAACAACAUUCUUUGCGCCUCUGAUUGGCAGAAACGUCAAUGGCGUAUAGAAAAUUCUUAAAUGCUUUUCAGUGAGUGCAUCUAAGUACGUAUAGUAUGUAAAGUGUGUAAAGUAUAGUAUGUAAAGUAAAAAUAAACCGUUGCUAUUUUUAGCUCUUGUCAAAUUGAAUUUCAUUGAAAUAAUAAGUAACUUUAAUAUACGAUGCCAGUUUAUUUAUUAAGAUGUUUUCAAGUGUCCAGUUUUCGUCUCACGAUCCACGCGCUCCAACGAACCGUUUUCGUCGUACGAUCUUUACGCUCCACAGACAGUUCUCGUUUCUUAAGUAUUCGAUAAGACAACGCUUCUUGAUCACUUGCAGGGACUUGUCUUCAAACGUUUUUUACGACACUUCACUGCCUGAUGGCUUGUUUGAUAAAGUACCUGCUCUGACUAGACUGUGAGUAGUUAAAAUGGCGACAGUCUACAGUCUAUGUCAUGUUUAUUCUGUUGACAAUUUUAAAAAAAAUUUGAAGACGCACUUUUUAGUAACGAUUUUUAUUCUUAAUAAGGCUUUUUGAUAUUGUACAUGACACAUGACGUAAUUCUUAUUUACCAUCUCGUCAUGAAAACUGUGCCAUAUAAAUUCUUAAUUCUUAUUAUUAUUAUUAUUAUCAUGUUUAGCAGGAUAUACGUUUCUAUUUUUUAAUCCACUGUUAUGUUAUUUAGAACGGAGUAGUUAUUUUAACAAACUAACCAACUAGCUAACGCCACUUAUUACUUGCCUGUACUAAUUUGCUAACUGACUGACGGAUAGAAAAAAACUUUUGAUAGUUGAGCACCGUCUUAUCUGAAAAACCUGUUUAUUUUUUAAAGCAUGUGUAGGAUUCUUAUAACAGCCCAACAGAACAAUAAGUUUAGCUGAUUUUUUCCAGGCAUCUGUCCUCAAAUUUCCUAACAAUGCUUUCUGAAAGAUUGCUUGCAAACGUGCCAAACCUUGAGUAUCUGUAAGUCAACAUGAGUUUACCAACAGCACAAAUAGUAGGCGUGUGAAUUUAAACAAAAUGCGAGGCUGAUCGUACAGCUCAUGGUAAAAGGGGUAGUUUUACUGUAAAAUUAUUUAAUUAGACCAAAGUAUUUGUUCGUCGCAAAAAAGCAGUCGCACCACAUAUUACAAUACAAAUGAAAAGAACAUAAUAUCACGUCAAGAAGUUGUCACGAAAGGGCCAGCACAAUUUUGCAGAUAUGGCAGUGGCAUCAACGUCCUACAAUAAAGCUGAGUCAUUUCUCCUGAGGAAAAAGGCGCUCUUUCGAUAUUGACGGGAACGGGAAGAGCCGGGAGAUUUACCCAUAUAUGCACACAGAAAGGGCUUCAGUAUAUUUGUGUGCUUAAUUGACCAAGUGCGAGGUCAAGAUCACCGGAGUAAAGGAAAAGGGAAAAGAGAAAGAAUAACACGCCGUACGUGUGGUGUAGUCUUUAAGGAUUAAAGUCUAAUAAACUUUGUUGUGAAAUGUCUGGAACGCUCCUCUAGAAUAAGGGUUGGGAUUCCGAUGAACUGCUAAACACCAUAAACCAAAAAAAAACAACUUUAUGUUUUGAUUUUUUUUUCCAAAAAGUUUUGAUUGCAGAUUUUUUUCUAAACAAGGACGAUGAAGACUCUUUCAUUAUAAAACCAUUUUCUUUUUCUCGUCGCCAGAUUAGAAACGUAUUUGUCAGUGAAAAAGCCGGGUAUCUUAUUUCUUACAGGGACAUAUCAUCAAACGAGAUCAGUCUUUUACCGGAUGGGGCGUUCACAAAGCUAAGAUCUCUUAAAUAUUUGUAAGUGAAAUAAGGGCAUUAAAUCUUUUUAGACAAGUGUAUCUUGAUGUUUAGUUUAACAAAAUAUGUUUCUUCCAGAUUUUUACAAAACAACAACUUAUCUAGGAUAUCAAACGUGACUUUUUCCGGAAACAGAGAUCUUUUUUACGUGUAAGUAUUAACCAUAGUCAUCCUUCUACAUGUCAUCCAAAGUAAUGUAACACUCAUCCAGACGUAGAAAUGAAAAUUCCCUUUUAGUUAGAAGUGGAACCUUCGGGACACCUGUAUUAUUCAAGGUACACCAUCUUCAGGUGACACAAAAUUUGUCCCGGAAAAAUGUUCACAUAACUUUUCCAUCUGUGACCUCUUUUGAAGGAACACCUUUAUUCAGGGGAAAGGGGCACUUAGGGGACACCAUUUAGGGGACAGCUUAGCACUGCGUUGACAAGUGUACACUAGUCACAAUGAUGACACUUUUCACAUCAGGAACUAUCUCACUUAAAUCGAUGUGUUGCACACAAUAUCACAGAUUGACAGAUGACAGAUGAUUUUGUUUUUGUACGUUAUCUAACUCCUUGAAAUAAUAAAAAAAAUGCAGCGGAAUAAACAGAAAUAAUUUAUUUAUUGGUUAAUUAUUAACAAACCCCAGUCCAACCUUUUUUCAGGGGCCUUGGUCCCUAGGGUGUCCACCGAAUAGAGAUUUUACUCUAUCAAAAUUCAUACUUGGCUCCUAGCUUGAGGGUAAAAUAAAAGAAAAGAAUCUGUAAUCCCUCCAUCUCAACGCAAUUUCUUCCUUUUAUCUUAUUUCCAUUAGCAACUCGCAGCCAGGAUUCAUAAUAAUUCGAAGCUGGCGUAUUGAUUUAAAUGAUCCCUCUUACCUCAACUUAGAUUUUUGAGCGCCAACCGUUUGAAAAUGAUCCCAAGUGGAGUCAUGUUUCUUUAUAACUAUUUUAUCGGUGUGAUGUAAGUAUUGCAUUUGUCUUAGUUUUUAAGCCGCCGUUGUUUCGAUUACAAUUUUCGUACUGAACGAUGUUCAUGUAUGAUAAGCGGUAGUUAAUAUUCUACUGUAGUUGUAGGCUAAGCUUACUAACAACUUAUUCAACUCGAAGACCUUUACUAUCAUCACUUUACAAGAAACUACACUGAGAGGGGCACCCAACAACCGAAUGCUUCCAAAUAAGCCAGAAUUGUAUCAAUAGGGUUUCUCUAUGCUUUAAAAGCUUGUUUGGUUAAUUUGGAGCUGCCAUAAAAACUAUUUGCAUGUUCGGAUAUCUCAGGGGAAUUUACAUCGUUUCGAAACUUUUUCGUCACACCCCAAAUUGUUAGCAACGUAUCCUGAAAGGUCCUAUUGAAAGUUAAAGGAAAUGUCGUAGUCGUACUUUAAUAGACCUUUUUAACUUGUAUGUUUUGUUUUCCCAAUUCAGACCACGUGAUGCUCUUUAGGGAAUUUGCCUUUUGUCUUUUCAUUAAUAUACAUACAUACGCAUGUGAGUACACGUGCAUAAGACGACAGUUGAAAGAAACAGUUCACGUGGUCUGUAAUCGGAAAACAAAACAUGCAAGAUAAAAAGGUCUAUUAAAAAAUUAUAGGGGACGCUUUGCCUUUAUAAAAUGUGAAGAUCACACACACUCCAACAAUCAUGGAUAAGUUAGUAGAAAAACUGGAAUGGAACGGUUUCCAGAUAUGUUUAGCCGAGCUUUAGAAAUUUGUGGGCAAUAUUUGCUCCUUCGAACAGUUAUUAUACAGAUAAAACGUCGUUAGCUUCCCUCCACUGCAACACAUUAACUAUGACGAAUAUAUUCACUCUGAAAACGGUUGUGCUUGUGAUUGCUGUCCUUGCUUGGCUUUAUCCGACGCAGAGUGACAACGGCAAAUCGUCUUGACUAGGGAGGAGGGCUUGCACCAUCUUAAUUUUGGCUUCAUUUAUUUUUCAAAAGUCUACCAAAAUACAGAUGAAACCGAGGAUUUGUGAUGAAGAUACAAUCAUCAAGAAGACAAAAAUAUUUAUAUCCGAACAAGAAGUCCUCUUUAUUUAGUAAAUGGCUUGGUUUUUUAACGGUAGCUGCACCUUAAGACCUGUAUCUUUUACGUGCUGACCGUUCACAUUUUUCGUUUCCAUUUAUUUUAUUGUUUUUAGAAUGUUGUCUGAUAAUCCCUUAACAGCAAUUGAACCGAAGGCAAUUAGGAUUCCCGACAGUGGUUUGAGCUUGUACGUUUUAUUUAGACUUAUUUUUGGAGCAUAAGUACAGUUGACUCCAGAUAACUCGUACCCUAGAAACAAAGUCGCACUCGAAACAAAUAAUGUUUUUAUGGUUAUGUCAAAAACAUUUCAUUGUUUUGAAUUAACAGAAUUUUAAACACACGAAGCUCAUAUCCAUUUCAAAAUUUUGGCCUUGGGUUUAUAUUUUAGAAAAAUAUUCUUAAAAUGUGUUAAAUUUCAACCCCGAUAUAUCUUAUAAAAUGUAUUCUUAUAUAAAAAAGAGUUAAGUUAUACAUUGACCUUGUAAAAACAUGGAAUUGUUUAAUGUUUAGAAAAUUUAUUAAUAUAUAAUACCCAAAAACCUAGUUACAGGUUCAUUCCCAUUGCGUUUUAGCAAGUACAUGUACUUUUUUUUGUCGGAAUAAUUUUUUUUUUCUACCUCCGUAAAGGUCUUGUAUACACAUUUAAGUGAUGACAAGUUCAGUGUGUUUAAAACACAAUAACAGUUUUGUACCUUGGCAUUUAGAGGAGUGCUGAAUUUCGUGUGAUGUUCUACAAGGCGGGGUUCGUAAAAACCUGUCUGUUUGUUCUACGUAUUCUACUUUACAGGCAGGGUAGGGUAAUGUGCAGAUCAUACGGGAAUUAAGGUCUUGACGUACACGAUAGUUUGAAGAGCAACAACAACAACUUUAUUGUCUUUAUCUUCGACACGAAGAUUUCAGUACCAAAACAAUGACAAAUGAAGAAAGUAAAAUAAAAGUUAAGUAAGAAAGAAAGGAACAAUUGAAUAUUAUCACAAAAGAAAAAUUACUUGGCUAUGUACGGCUUCUACGCUACUUGUAUGGUAAGAAAGUUUAAUUAGAGUUCGGAUGCAUAAUAAUUUAGAAUAUUUUCAAUAUAAGAGGCACUGUGAUUUAUUUUUUCAUCGCACAUAGACAUGAAAAUAGUGCCCUGCAAGACAUAUUCGUAAAAUUACUGUUUAUCGAGUAUAAGCUCUCCAAGAAGAUCCCCCUUAUAUGAGAAAGUGAUGAGUGGGUACAUUUCAGUUAGAAGAGCAAAAAGUUUAGAUUUUUGACGGAAAACUUCGUGCCGUUCGAUUGGAGCUUCGCCAAAACCGUUCCAGGCAAAGAAUCUCUUUAUUAGGUACAUACCUCUUUUUAGCUGGGUCGCGCUUGGGCCAUGAAUCGAUGGAGAAAGAGGCCAUCAGUAAUUUUAAAUAUGGACCUAGAAAACGAGGUUGAAAAGACAAAAACAUGCUUAUUAUAUAUGGGUUCCUCUUUGGGAGACCGGAAAUAGGAAGAAGACAAACGAAUUGCUACUUAUUUGACAGCCCUCAGAAAGUGAAAGUCUCUAUUAGCUCAGAGAAACAAUAGUGCAAUGCAAGGGCUUCAAAAGUGAAAUCAAAAUGUAAAUGCGCCGUGUUGACAAAAGUACAGUUCUGUCAGAACUAAGAGCACUGCAAGUCCCAGCUCGACAAUUUGACACUGGAAUAUACGAAUAUUACGUUUGACUCGAAGUCGCUUCUAUCAUUCGUUCGCAAAAAAACGGCAAGUGGCAAAGAAGCCUGUCAAGAUCAGACUCAGAAACGUUUGUCAUGUCAAAGGAAUCUCGCUUACUUCUCUAAAAGCAAAAUUUCUUGAAUAUCCGCCAGUCCAUUCUAUCCUUCUUAACUCUGUUUUGCACUUUUUGACCUGUGAUAAAAUUUUCAAUUUCCUGACUAGAAUAUUCUUUUUCGAUAAGAUUACAUUUCAGUGUUUUCAUUCACUUCGUUUUAAAAUAACCAGGUUAAAAUUUAGAAGGACGAGGACAUCUUCCAAUUUGUAGCUUAAAAACUAACAUUUGCUAUUGAAAUUUUACUUCGCACGGUAAGUUAAGAAUCGCAAAUUGUCCAGUUGCAAGGCUUCAAUAGGGUUAGCAAUAUUAUAAACUUUCUUGUUAAUGUAUCAAGUGAGUAAAAAUGGGUAGCUUUUUAAAAGAAUAUGUUUUGUCCAUUUUAAACAACACUUUGUAAUAACAUUGUUAGAAAAAUUAGCAUAUAUUGAAAACAAAAUCAUUUUAUCUUAUUUCCUUGCAGAUAUUUGCUGCGAACUAAUCUAAAGACAUUGAAUCCUGAGUCUAUCGUUGGCUAUCCAGCACCAGGAUCAGACAGUAGCAGCUUUCUUGGCAGCUUUUUUUCCACAGUGUAACGUAUAUAAAAUGUGAUUUACAGAAACAACAACCUUCAAAUUUUCCUGGCUCCAGAGGUCCCUUCUUGAAAUACUCAGGAUGAAGUAAACCGUGCCUAGGGUUUGAUGGUUUGGAUUAAUUUAGGUUUCUGAGAAACUUCCCACCGACCCCUCCCUUAAGCCAUCAUUUUGCCCUAAGUGAGAAGAAAGGGUGAAUGUUAGCUUGGGGGAGGGGUAGGUGGGCAGUUUCCUAGAAACCUAAAUUAAUCGGAUGGUUUUAGGUAAGAAAAAAUAACCUCUGGAAUCCAGGGUAUCUUCAAUUAAUAGGAAGCAAAAGUAUUCGUUAACGCUGAGGAGAUUAUCCGGAGAUUAUCAGUUUUCGGGAACAGAAAAUCACGAUGUCAAAAUAACUGUGCAGGCGUACUUUCAUAAGAAAUUUAUUCCGUAAAUGGUCUUGCACUUUCUAUGUGUGCCAUACAUUGUUUGAUACGUGUUUGCUGAUUUUUUUUGAUGAACUUGAAUGAGAUACCUGUUAAAUUCGUUCAAAGCUAUAGAAAUGUUUUGUUUCUGGAACAAAGCACCUUACAACUUCCUCCAACAAAGAGUGUCGAAUCUGCUAUCUCACGAAUUAGAGAAUUUGGACAUGGAAGUCUAACUUGUGUUUAAUUCACUUUUGCGAAAUGUUAUUUUAGGGAUGCUAAGAGAGUUUCAUUUUCCUUUUUACACGUAACAUGUUCCCUGUUAUUGUAGUCUUUGUCGUUGUUGUUGUUUUUUUCCACAGGGUGAUGAAAGAUAAGAGGCUAAGGACAAUUAAAUAUUAUUACCGUGGAGGCGGGGCUGAUUUUUUAAUAUAUCUGUCAGUACAACAAUUGAGACUUUAUUUGAACUCGGGGAUUUUUGUUAAAAAUCCUAAAGAAAAGUGCUAUUAUUACCACGGAUUUAUGUUUUAUCGCCAGGUAGUGGCCGGGGGGCUGUUUUUUUUUCAUUCCAUCUAUGGGGGCAUCUCUUGUUUCACUUCCGAAAUGAUUUUAACGCUAUAAACCAUGAAACUAGGAACGGAAACUGGUACAAGAAGUUUUUAAGGUGAAAUUUUCGGUUAAAAAGCUUUCAUCUUUUACGCCUAACCCCUUUGAGACCCUUUUGUUUACCUUGAUCACAGGCUACCCAAUGCAAAAAACGGAACAGUUGGUAGUAAUAUGUAACAAACCACAACUUAACGACAACUCAAGGAAAUAAACCAAACCCUGUGCAAACCAGCAGAGUAUGACCUAUUAUUUAACGUAAUUUACCGUUCGACCAAACUCUUUUUGUGAGAAUGUUUUUUUUUUCUAAUUGCAUGAGGAUAAAAUCAUUUUCAUAUCAAAUGCUACGCCCUUAGCUUGGUUUCAAAACAGGGGUUUGAGAAAACUAAGAAACGGCCGAUUAAAUAAAAACUUAAUUUCUUUCCGUAUAGAUAUCCCCACGAGUCAAAAUCACAAUCGAUUGUGGUGUAUAACAGUCACAGGGAACCAGCCAGAAGCCUAAUUUCUGCUCUUUCGGCCUCGGGAUUCAGACAAGUUUCUGGCGAUCAACCGAGCAAUGUCGGACCGUUCUUUUUAUCAUACCACCUGCCAUGUCCUGUUGGCACAUUCUCCAACAUAACUUCUCAAGGAGCCGAAGGAUGCAUACCCUGCCCCCCAGGUAACAGAGGUUCCCAUUCAUACUUGACAUUCCUGUCCUGUCACCGUAGUCAUCAUGUUGUAUUAUAAUGUUCAAUUAAACCCUAGUUCGGUAUUCACUACACACAGGGGCGGAUCUAGGAUUUUUUAAUGGAGAGUGGCUCAUACCAAUCGAUCACCAAAUUACACGUUAAUUUGUCUUAAGUUGUCCUACGUUCAUCCCAAAACAUGGCGAUUUAGAAAGGACAAAUUGGUGACUUUAACACUGCAAACUCUUGGAAAGCCACAACAUAGAAAAAAUAGAAGCUAAUAGAAAUACCUUACUAACCUGGUCGGCCAAAGGUGAAGACGCCGUCAUUCGUCCAGGGUACAGCGCCACAAAUUUCUGACAAACUACACUUCUCUCGAUGGUUCUGCAUUUGCAUGCAUGCAUGUAUUUCUAUUUUUUGGACCAACGUAUUUCCGUUUGUUUUUCCGUGUAUUAAUUUUUUUUUAGGUGGACUUUUUUUAGGGGGGGGGCGGGGGCUAGCCAGCCAAUCCACCCCUUCGAUCCGCCCCUGACACAUCCACUUCUGUACGGGACAUUCCCUUAUCCAUGUUUAAUCAACGUUUAAGGAAAUCUCUUCAGUUCACUACUGUGAACGCAAGUUCCUUAAGGCUCUCUAGACUGUCAUUUCCCCGAUCUUUUUAAGUACACUGUACAAUUUGGUUGUCACGUUCUUUGCUUGUGUUGUUUGUUUAUUUGUUUCUUUGAUUCUCCCUUUGUUUGUGUGAGCUAUUUGUUACGUUGCUUGCGUAUGUCGGCAUCUAUUUAAUUAGCUCUUUGGAAUAUGUAAACUAUAUAGUUUAAGCGCUAUAUAAAUAAUAAUUCUUUAUCUUUAAAUCUUUAUGUACCAAUAUUGUACAUAUGAAACUUGUUUUUGUCCUUUGCUUUCAAGAGUCUUCGAUAUCUUUGCGGUAAACCAUCUAAACUGGUAAUCAGAAAGUCCUACGUUCGACUCCUGCUGUGCAGUGGUCACUCGUCUUUUUGGUUUUGAAACAAGAGCGAUCAAGAAACCAAAACCUCAACAACAUACUUCAAGUGCAAAUAUAUAGUUUUAAGGAUUUAUGGAAAAAUAUUAAGUUUCACAGUAAGACACUCUAAGGCAAAUUAAUAUUAUACGAAGGUGGCUUUUCAAAGGGGAUUCAAUAUGAUGACAAAGCCGAAAAAUUUGUUAAGAAAGAAUAAGUUGAGGCAACAUUUUUAAACACUAAUAAGACCGACCUAGAACUUUCCAACCAUUGAAUGUCUCAACAUAUACUAAAGAUUUUUUAUAUGAUACAUAUGUUUUUCUGAUACACAUGUUUUUUUUAGGUGGGUUUUACUCCGAUGAUAUUGGAUAUGUGGGCACAAGCUGUAAAAAAUGCCCCAACGGUUCUUUUGUUGCCUUGAAUAAAGCACCAGGAAAACUAGUUCAAGAUUGCAAGACUUGUCCUCUUGGUAAAUAGCUACAAUAAGUAUACUUUUGUUAUGUUUCCAGUGUUUGUUUGGUUGGUGGCUAUUAUUUUAUAUGAAUUUUGUGCGACUUACAGUCUGACAAUUUUUAUCCAUGAAUAGGUCAUUUCCCAGAUCCAAAAGCUCUCACUUUCAAAACGAGGCUAAGUGCAAAACCUUUCUUGUGAAAAUGAGUUUCAUUUGCAUCAAUGGCUUUGUAAUUAGCCUCACUUUGAAACAGAGACUUGAGGCAACUCUGAAGUGGCGUAUUGUUCUGUUGCUUAUUUUAACAGGAACAAACAGUGACGCCCAUGCGGGAUUACGUGCUUGUAAAUGCCUGGAGGGAUAUUAUCGGACUCACAUGUUUGAACUGUGUCGAAAAUGCGAAGAUGGACUAAACUGCGAGAAUGGAUAUGCUACUUUGAAACCUGGCUAUUGGUGGAAAUGGAGAAAUAACAGCCUUAAAGACCGCUACCGAGUUUUCAUAGCCAAUCUCUUAUCAUCUUCGCCAUCAUUUGAUAAAGAGGACGUGCAAUAUGCGUAUCCUCUACCAACUCCACAUAAGUGUCCAGGAAGAAAGUCAUGCAAAGGUGGCAUGGAUUCCUCUUGCGAGGAUGGCUACAAAGGCCCCCUUUGCAGCGUGUGUUCAAAAGGGUACUUUAAACAAUUUCAACGAUGCAGGAAAUGCCCGACAAAGACGUGGAUUGUCGCCCAGAUGUUAAUAGUUGCUACAGUUAUUUUGAUCAUUAUUGCAGUUUGUGUUUGGACAAAUAAGAUGAAGAAUAAGAAAGGAGGGGAGAGCUCUUUAGCAGAUUCUUUCUUGUCCAAAAUCAAGAUUGCAAUUGGAUUUUAUCAGGUGACGUAUGGUUUGCUUGAGGCCUUCUCAUACAUUGAAUGGCCAGAGUCUUUACGAGCAAUUGGCAAGUAUUCAAAAGUACUCCAGCUAAACAUACUUGAGAUGGCUCCAAUUAACUGCUUUUUCGAGAGCCUACAAGUGGAUGCUUUUGCCAACUUACUUUCAAUAAUCGCAGUUAAUUCUGCCAUCAUCAUCUGUGCAGGCCUAUGUUACGGAAUAAGAAGAGCUGUUAUCUCAAGGAAAGAAGAUAUGGAUAUCGAGCAAAAGUUAAAGGAACUGUCACAAGCUAAAGAAACCACGUACAGAAAUCUGUUCUUUUUCCUGUACAUCACCUACCUUAGCACGUGUUCUAAGACAGUAACUGCUUUGCCCCUUGCAUGCCGGGAACUUUGUCAAGACGAAAACGAGGACUCUUGCACGAAGUACCUGAAAGCCGAUUAUAGCAUACAAUGUCAUGGGCCUUUGUUCAAUAAAUUGGUUAUCGUGUCAUAUUUCUCCUUAGUUUACGUUGUUAUUCUUCCUUUCGCCACAUUUAUUGUUCUUUGGAGAAAGCGAACUGUAAUACUUGAGGAAAAGCCUAAUGGUCUAGACCCAAGAACUGAAAUGAUCAAGGGUUUGCAAUUCCUUUACGAAAAUUACAAAGCUCGUUCAUGGUACUGGGAACUAAUAGAGACGUCUCGUAAAGUAAUCGUCACAUCUGGUUUGAUACUCGUGGGGCAGGAAAGCAGAUCAUAUAUUGGCUUAGCAUGGGUCAUUGCUGGCAUAUAUGGAGUGUACUUUGCCUGGAAUCGUCCGAUACAAGACGCCUUUGAAAAUCGACUGAUGGGCGCAUCCAUUGCUGUUACAGUUUUCAAUUUGGGUGUUGGGGCCGUCAGUAAAAUUCCUGCAGAGAACUUACCUACAGCGGCCGACGUUUACAUGGACAUGGUCGUAUUCAACAUAUUAGUUCUUGGAGCAAACACGCUGGUCAUCGGAUUACUAGCCUGUAAGAUGCUUCUCAUAUUUUUGACAAACAUAUUUUUUGCUUACUUUUAAGCAAAGCAACUCAAAUUUAUCCAUUUUCCACAUGGGUAACCCUAUAUGAAACUUAUAUGAAAUGGAAAUGAAAUGAUCUCCUCUAAAGUCCUGUCAAACUUGACGGUCUAUCUAUAUCGUUGUGAAAUGUUAUGACGGUUGAGAGGAAUUCAUACAUGGUCUCAACACAAACUUCGUUAUAUUCCAAAUGUUCAUGACGGUUUCUAUUAUUUUGUGAUGACGGUGCGAUUAUUUAUUCAUGAGAUUGUCGACUGAUCGUUGAGAAAGUACCGUAAAAUUCCGAAAAUAAGCCCCGGGGCUUAUCUUUUUCAAAGACCCUUUUUGAGGGGCUUAUUUUUGGAGGGGCUUAUCUACGGAUGGAAAUUUGCGUUUCAAAAUCAAUCGGGCUAGCCUUACAGUUGGAAGUAAAUUUACCUUUUUUGCUUUGUUUUACUUUGUAUUUGAGGGAAAUUUUCCAAGUACAAGCCCCCAGGGACUGUUUGGGGGGCUUGUAUUUGGAGAGGCUUAUACAUGGAGGGGCUUAUUUUCGGAAUCUUACAGCAUGCUACAGGAUGAUCUCAUUGUACAGACAAUGUUGAUAAAAAGUUUAUCGUGGGAUAUCAAAAUGAGGUAACGUUUAAAGCGGAUUUGCACAGAAUUCAAGUUUCUAUAAAGCACCACAACCGUUUCAAGUCAUCCUAAAAAUCAUCCGAUUGAGUUUAUAGGAUAAUAAACAAUUUGAGAAGUACGAUUUCAAAAUAUAACUUGAAUCGGAAUCGAUGUUCCCGGGGGGGGGACUACCCAUGUGAAAGGGGUGGGGAUGCUCGUCGUCUCGUUUAGGGAUGUAAAUUUUGGAUUUUGGUCUCACUUAGGGUGUUCUGGGCAAAACGCCAUCAUAUUUAGCCGUAAAGGUCUCGUUUAGGGUUGCACGCGAAAAAAUAUAAAAAUGUAUAUUCGGUAUGUAUAUUUUUAAUUCGUUUAUUUACUCCAUUCAUAUAACCCAAGUUUUUCUCAUUUGUUUGUGUUUUAACAUGGUCUCUUUUAGGGGCCAAAAAAAGCUUGGGUCACGCCCAGAUCGGUUUCCUUUAGGGGUGUAAUUCAAAAUUUCCGACGAGCAUCCCUACCCAAUUCAUAUGCGGAGUCCCCUCGGGUCGAUAUCCUUAGAAGUACCUGUAGUAUCCUAGAAGAUCCAAAGUAAAUUAAAAUUAUAAAAUUCUACUCGAUAUAUAGCUAAGUGUGUAAAGAUUCAAAAGCUAUAACGACAUUUGAACACAGAUUCAUUUUUACACGUGCUCGGAGAGUUUAGUUAAGUAGAGAACAAAUUUUUGUUUCUCAGUUCAGUACAUGUUGCAUCUGUGUGCCUUCCUCAAGAAAUGGUAUAAAAAUCCGACGUGGUCGUUUUCCUGCUGUCUUUCCUUGAUCCUGCCUUUUCUUAGUUUGUCUGGGGACAUUGAUGGUUUGGUGGGAGAAAAUAUGAUGAACAACCAAGGAGAUACCGGAGAUAUCGAAAUGCCUUCUAUCGGUGCUGCCGUACAAGACAGUGGGGCUACUGAUAUUACUCUCGAUAAUAGUGAA